UCGUAGUGCUGGAGCAUCAGAUUCCAAAGAAUACUCACCCAAUCCUUUCUUGUAAGAAGUGACUCAGCAGAGUCAUGGCCUUUGAGAAGUGCCGCUGGAGAAGAAUACAUCGUUCAGAUUGGCUUUCCAAGAGACUGGCAGAGUCGCUCCAGUCAGUAGAAUGAACCCCGGUCCCUAUCUUUUACCUCACAGAUGGAAACUCUGUAUUUCUAACUGCUUUGGAGUCGAUGCAUCGUCAUUUAUAAGUCGAGAUCUUACACCACCUGCCAAUGGGAUAGCCGGUCACGAAGGAGGUGCCGACGUCCUCCUUAGCUUUUUACAGAACAAAGUCAAACCGUUGGUCGCUCGGCGACUCUACGAGAGCCGCGGCGCGACUGUAGGCCGUGAAGCCCUCUAUGGACAUUCAUACGGGGGACUUCUCUCUUUGUACGCACUAUUCACAAGGACAGAUAUGUUCACCUGUAUCUUGGCCAGUAGCCGUAGUGUCUGGUGGAAUGAGGGCUACAUCGUUACUGAAGAACGCCGUUUUCGAGAGAAAGUAGACUGUAAGAAUAGUAGUCCAUCGCUCAUGCUUUUUGUCGCGAAUGAGGAACAAACUCCAACAAGGAGUAGGGGCGAAGGAGAAGAUGAGUAUAACAGGAGGUUGAGACGGCACCGUGGACUACACAUGGUUGACAAUGUCAUCUCAAUGAAUUCGAGAUUAGAAAGGAGUGCGCGGCUAGAACGUCUCUCGAUAAGAGUUUACCACGGAGAAGAUCACGAAACCGUCGUAGCUUGCUCCCUUAACCGGGGACUUGCAACGUUCCUUGACGAUUGGCCCCUAGUAUGAAAGGAGCAAAGUACACCAAUCCCUGUCGAGCGUAGCCCAUUUCUAAACACGUUGCAUUGACAAUGAUUAUAGGAUAUGCAAAACCUGUGGUUUUAUUAAAGAUGAGUCGUUGAAUGUCCAUUGUCCAACGUCGUCCCCAUGAGUGUGUGAACCUUGCCCAC